AUGGAUGAUCGGAGCGACGACCACGAUAUUGAGGUGGAAGGAGCUUAUCACGCAUACGAGAGGAAGAUUUCCGGAAUUCUUGAUGAUGGAUCUGUCGGAUUCCAACAGCCUCUGCUCGCAAGGAAUCGAAAGAACACAACUUCGCAGAUCGCAAUUGUCGGAGCAAACACUUGUCCCAUCGAAAGCCUUGAUUACGAGAUCUUUGAGAAUGAUCUAUUCAAGCAAGACUGGAGGUCAAGGAAGAAGAUUGAGAUACUUCAGUACACGAUUCUGAAAUGGGCGCUUGCUUUCCUGAUUGGUUUAGCAACUGGCCUCGUUGGCUUUUUAAACAACCUUGCUGUUGAGAACAUAGCUGGUUUCAAACUCUUGCUCACCGGUAACCUCAUGCUCAAGGAAAAAUACUUUCAGGCAUUUUUCGCAUUUGCCGGAUGUAACUUGGUUUUGGCAACUGCUGCUGCUUCACUAUGUGCAUUCAUUGCUCCAGCAGCGGCAGGAUCUGGUAUCCCUGAGGUUAAAGCAUAUCUCAAUGGUAUAGAUGCUUACUCAAUCUUAGCUCCGAGCACCCUCUUUGUCAAGAUCUUUGGAUCUAUAUUUGGAGUUUCAGCGGGAUUCGUAGUUGGAAAAGAAGGGCCUAUGGUGCAUACUGGUGCUUGCAUUGCUAAUUUACUUGGACAAGGUGGUUCAAGAAAGUAUCGUCUGACUUGGAAGUGGCUUAGAUUCUUCAAGAACGAUAGAGACAGAAGAGACUUGAUCACUUGCGGUGCUGCUGCUGGUGUGGCAGCUGCCUUCCGUGCUCCAGUUGGAGGAGUUCUCUUCGCCCUUGAAGAAGCUGCUUCAUGGUGGAGGAGUGCCCUUCUUUGGAGGACCUUCUUCACCACAGCAGUUGUAGCAGUGGUGUUACGGAGUCUGAUUGAGCUAUGUCGAUCUGGGAGGUGUGGACUGUUUGGAAAUGGAGGUCUCAUCAUGUUUGACGUAAACUCUGGAGAUGUGCUUUAUAGUACUCCGGAUUUGCUAGCUGUAGUGUUCAUUGGAGUUGUUGGUGGUGUCCUUGGAAGCCUUUACAAUUACCUUGUCGACAAAGUCCUCCGUACUUAUGCCUUAAUCAACGAGAGAGGUCCAUGGUUCAAAGUGAUGCUUGUUAUGGCAAUUUCCAUUUUGAGCUCGUGUUGUGCAUUUGGUCUCCCAUGGCUUUCACAUUGCACGCCCUGUCCUAUCGGAUCAGAGGGCAAGUGUCCAAGCGUAGGUCGGUCAGGGAUCUACAAGAGCUUCCAGUGUCCUCCAAACCAUUACAAUGACCUUUCCUCUUUACUUCUCAACACCAACGAUGAUGCAAUCCGCAGUCUUUUCACAUCAAGAUCUGAAAACGAGUUCCAAAUCUCCACUCUUGCCAUGUUCUUUGUCGCUGUAUACUGCCUUGGCAUCAUAACAUACGGCAUAGCCAUACCUUCAGGGCUUUUCAUUCCGGUGAUUCUCGCUGGAGCCUCUUAUGGAAGACUAGUUGGUAGACUUCUCGGUCCAGUGUCUCAGCUUGAUGUUGGUCUGUUCUCUCUCCUUGGAGCUGCUUCUUUCCUUGGAGGGACAAUGAGAAUGACUGUUUCUCUAUGUGUCAUACUUCUCGAGCUUACGAACAACCUCUUAAUGCUUCCAUUGGUGAUGCUUGUGCUCCUUAUCUCGAAAACAGUAGCGGAUUGCUUCAACAGAGGAGUUUAUGACCAGAUUGUGACAAUGAAAGGACUGCCUUACAUGGAAGACCAUGCAGAGCCGUACAUGCGGAAUCUGGUUGCAAAGGAUGUGGUUUCUGGGCCUCUGCUAUCUUUCUCAAGAGUUGAGAAAGUUGGUGUUAUAUGGCAUGCAUUGAAGAUGACGAGUCACAAUGGUUUCCCUGUGAUUGAUGAGCCACCUUUCACAGAAGACUCUGAGCUGUGUGGAAUCGCCUUGAGAUCUCAUCUUCUUGUGCUUCUCCAAGGGAAGAGAUUCUCAAAGCAGAGAACAACGUUUGGUUCUGAGAUUCUUAGAAGCUGCAAGGCUCGUGACUUUGCUAAAGCCGGGUUAGGGAAAGGUCUCAAGAUUGAUGAUUUGGAACUGAGUGAUGAGGAAAUGGAGAUGUUUGUUGAUCUCCAUCCAAUCACUAACACAUCUCCUUACACUGUGCUUGAGACUUUGUCUCUAGCUAAAGCAGCUAUACUUUUCCGGCAACUUGGACUUCGCCACUUGUGUGUCAUUCCCAAAACAGCAGGGAGACCACCUAUUGUUGGAAUAUUGACAAGACAUGAUUUCAUGCCGGAACAUGUCUUGGGACUAUACCCUCACAUUGAUCCUCUCAAGUGA